ACGCGCUACAAUAUGCCGGAUUACUACUUCGGUCAUCGGUCUGGAAAACUGAAGUUCUGAGCCGAUCACAAGAUUUCAACGACUUGUAAUGGCACCACUACCUGACAGUUUUGAUACUACUAAUGAAAUGACAAUCCAUGAUGAGUCGUACAGCAUCGAACAAAUCGAAACGAUGUAAGAAUGGAAAACGUUCACUAUUAAAUAGACACUCCACUAAUUAUUAUCGUCGACGUUAUGCCAAUAGACGAAAUCAUGGUGAUGAAUUGAAUUUUCUAUGUGAUCGUACAGUGGAAUUUAUUGAAUCAGGUGAAACUUAUGAUAUUAUUGCAAUGGAAUUAGCUGAACAAAGUGUAUAUUUUGAACGUGUUUUGAAAUAUCAUCGUGGAAGGAGAAAUAUCCAGCUACCAGAAUUUGUAAAACCUGGUUUCCCUUCUGUUUUAGAAUUUAUACGUAAAGGUGUAACAGAGAUUAAUUCUGAAAAUGUUUAUAGUAUAUUUAUUGCUGCGGGUUUCCUUUUAAUCCCAAAAUUAAAAGAACAAUGUGCCAAUCUGUUGAAAGAGAUUGUGACAACGGAUUUUUCUACGGCAAUUGAUAUAUGGUUAAACUAUAAAUCGUUCUAUUGGCCUGAAUUGGGGAAUAUGGCAUAUCAAGUGAUUUUAGAGAAUUUCGAGGAUAUAUGGCAUACAUUAGAUUUUGAAAAGUUGAGUGCAAAUGAUAUUCGUCAAAUUUUACAUGAAGAUACUUUAAAUUGUAAAAAUGAAAAGAAUAUAUUUCAUGCUGUUAUACAAUGGAUUAGUGGUGAUUUUGAAACACGUAUUCAAUAUAUGCUUGAAUUAUUGCUGUGUAUCCGAAUUGGAAUGUUGUCGAGCGUUGAUUUGGAUGAUAUUAAGAAGCAUGAUCUCAUUCAAAUUAUUCCAGAAUAUUUGGAGUUGUUAAAUCAAUGGCCAACAUGUUUAACUGAUACAAAUAAUCGUAUUGUGAAUGCAUAUGGACAGAGAUUUAUAACGCCGAGGCUGCCGCAUAAAAUCGUCAUGGUUUUUGGUGGAUGGCGUGAUAAUGAAGGUCCUACAGCCGCUGUACAAGUUUAUAAUCCAACAGCUAAAACAUGGACAUUAUGGAAAGAGAAUAAUGAUGGCAUCCAACUGACAAUGAAUAAUAAUCCAUGGCAGCGUUUCAUUCUUCAUUCACCUACUACUAGAUCUAAUCGAAUAGAACAAACUCAACCACAAUCAACAACAACAACAACAACCAGUACACAAGAUACUACUGUCAGUAUAAUUAACAAUUCAACAAGUUAUUUAUCAUUAGAUGAAAUGAAUUCUGACAGGAAUCCAACAGAAUUAUCCACGGAUAAUCAUGAUACCAUGAUAAUGAAUAAUACAACACCGCAUACUACUAAUUUAAUUAGUGAAAUACCUAAACGUGUUUUUGCUGGUUGUGUACUAGUAGGUACACGUGUUUAUGUCAUCGGAGGAUAUGAUGGGAAUUUUUCAUUGAAAUCUACUUUAUGCUAUGAUUUUGAAGUAGAAUCUGGUUGGUAUGAAGUAAGUUGUAUGUAUGAGAAACGUUAUUAUGUUAGUGUCACGUAUGCAAAUGAUUAUAUUUAUGCAUUGGGUGGACAUAAUGGUGAAUAUGAAGGUCGUUUAAAUUCUGCUGAACGUUAUUUAUUAAAAGAAAAUUUAUGGCAAACUAUUUCAUCAAUGAAUUGUAUACGUAGUGAUGCAGCGGCUGGUGAAUUAAAUACAAAAAUUUAUAUCUUCGGUGGUUAUGAUGGUCGUGCAUAUCUUGAUUCUAUGGAAUACUAUGAACCAUGUACAAAUCAAUGGACACUAAUUAAUCAUCGUAUGAAUUCACCUAAAAGUGGUGCAUCCUUGAUACAAUAUAAUCAUUGUUUAUAUAUUAUUGGUGGUAAUAAUGGUAAUCAUUUAUUAAAAACUAUUGAAAAAUAUAAUUCUGAUGAGAAUAAAUGGGAAAUCAUCGGGGAAAUGAAUCGUAGUCGUAGUAAUCCAUCGACUACAAUAAUUGAUAAUGAAAUAUUUAUAUUAGGUGGUUGGUCAGAUGAAUCAGAAGAUGAUAUUUUGGAUUCAGUGGAAUGUUUCAAUGUGAUCAAUUGUCAAUGUCACAUUAUGCCAUCAUUAUUAUUUCCUGUUAGUGCAACAUGUGCUUGUACAUUGAAUGGUUGUGAUUUAGUGAAAAAAUAUAUACAACCAUCAAUGGAAUUAUCAACUUGUUUAUUAGAUCCUCCAUUCGGUACAUUUCUUCUACAACCAUUGACAUCUUCUCAUCGAAAUUCACUUUCAACUUCAUCUCGAAAUUCAGUUUAUGAAAAUGAAUAUGUCACAUCAAUGUAUUUAACCGAUCAACAUGAUUCUAACGACCAACAGACUGAUUGAAACAAUAAACACCGAAAACCACCAUUGAGACCGUUAAAAAAAUACAACAUAUACAAACUGAUAUUGUUGAUGUUCCUAGAACCCUAACUACUAACACUAAAAAGUAGCUAAUUCUUCGAACGAUAAAGUCAAUCUCAAUGGUACAGAAGAUGGGCGAUGACGAUGAGAACAGAAAAGGAUAUUGAUAGUAAUCAUGGUGAAUUAUCAUUAUUGCCGACAGCUAUAGUUAUUUAGUCAGUUCCCAAGUGUGGGCAGCACACUCACUCAUCAUCAUGUCAUGGUUAAUACUCUAACUGUUGUUCACUCAAGCAAGAAUCAGCACAUGUGCUUACAUAAGAAUCAUAGACUUAAAUAAAUGAUCAAGAAGCAUGACAAGAAAACUACCAAAUAACUUCACCAUUCAGUCUGUCUUCAAUUUCAAAUGAUUUUUAAGCAAGUAAUGUUGGUCAGGAACUAGCUGCUAUUCAAAUGCAUAUACUAUACUCAAUCCCUCAAUCAAAAGUAGUUAUCAGUCAAUUCGUUUAAACGAUACUUCUGAAAACGGAUUGCUUUUACUAACUCACCAUGAAUAGUUUGUCAGAGAUUUCUUUCACCUGGUUAGUUAUCAGUAUGGUUUAUCGAUUGAGCUGAUUUUUAUGUUCUUUACUUUGUACGAGAACAAUCUAGUACAGUACUACAGUAUGUUGUUGAUAGUUUUCAAUAGUUUUCUCUGUCUUAAGAGCUCUCUCUCUGUACUACACAUUUCAAUAUUUUUGUUAGUUUUUAAUCUACCCAAAGGAUCAUACUUUUUUUAUAUUAAGUGCUAGUUUGAAAUGUGUUAGUUAAUUUCAAGUGCAAGAAGAAAGUAUUGUAUUUUCGUGCAUCCCACAUCUUUUCACCGAUUAUGUAUUGUUUUUAUAACAAAAUGAUACACUAUAAACCAACGUUGAUUUUGUUGUAUAUUGUAUAUUGAAAAG